AUGGCCAAAGUGACCGACGAUACCUUGACCAAAGUGUCUACUGAAGCUGAUUGGAUCGACUUCAAAGCCGCCACCGAGCUAGUCAACAGCUUCUAUCCCGCCCUCAAGAAUGAUCGUAACUCCAUUGCCUCAUUUUACCUUCCAACACCUACGAGCAUCCUCUUCAACGGCAACACGGUCGCCGACGGUGCCGCUGUGCAGGACAUCUUCUUGAAACAAAUGCCCGAGGCAUUUUAUGAAGUACAAUCCUUUGACUGCCAAAUCAUCAAUCGCGCAUACCCGACCACGACUGCUGCCGGGUUGAAGCCAGCCUCCGAGAUGGGCGUCAAGGAUAUGUCGAUCCUGGUCAUGACCAGCGGUCAUGUGCGAUACGGCGAGAAUCGCGAUCAGCCUCCGCGCGGCUUCAGCGAGACCUUUGUGCUUGUGCCCAACCCCAGCUCCGAGCGCAAGAGGCGCCGAGACUGGCUGAUUCAAAGCCAAAACUUCCGCCUGGUUGUCUGA